GUAGGGGCAGAUUGAAGAGCUGAAGACUGCCGUUGGACAAAAAAUGAAAAACUUAAUAAGAAAACCCCAGAGAAAGAAUUGCAAGAUAGAAUAUUCGUUUACUUGGUAGAGCAAGAGGUGGGUUUGGUCAAGUUUUAAAAUUUCAAUCUUUUUCUUCACACACUAUUUCUUCAUUUAAAAUUUUGUCGCUCCCGUGAAUGCCGAUUAAUUGCCCUUAGUAUUCAUUCACUUUCCGUUGAAAUUUUGGGGGGACGAAUAUGUGAAGUUCGUAUUUCUAUUGUUCUUGCGGCAGAUCUUGGUUGGUUCCUCGUUUUUUCGGCGCGAUUUUUUGGUCUUUAAGUCUGCAGAAUCGAAGAGCUUGUCUGUCAGAAUAGAGAGGGUUUGUUGGAUUGGAGUGAUUUGGGGAUUAGGUUUUCGAUUUUUUUUGGGAGGAGAAGCAGUGUCAUAUUGAUCUGCUUCUUCUCAGCUGCCAUUUAUGUGUAUUUUUUAAUUCGAGAUUUUAUUGUGGUGAGAGCUGUCGUCUUCGCCGAGGAGGAGGAAUUGCAGUUCUUGAUCUGACUGAAGUUGCUGCAAAAUGGUUGCUUCAGCCAGUUUAGGAGUUGGUUCUAAAGUUUGGGUGGAGGAUCCUGACAUAGCUUGGAUCGAUGGAGAAGUUGUGGCGGCCAGUGGGGAUGAAAUCAAAGUCCUCUGUACAUCUGGGAAGACGGUUGCAGUCAAGUCCUCCAAUGUCUACCCCAAAGACGCCGAAGCCCCGCAUUGCGGGGUGGAUGAUAUGACGAAAUUGGCGUAUCUCCAUGAGCCGGGAGUUCUGGAGAAUUUAAAAACUAGAUACGACAUCAAUGAGAUAUAUACGUAUACUGGAAAUAUAUUGAUUGCUGUGAAUCCUUUUCAAAGAUUACCUCAUCUCUACGAUAGUCAUAUGAUGGCCCAAUAUAAAGGAGCUGCCUUUGGUGAGCUGAGUCCGCACCCAUUUGCGGUCGCCGAUGCUGCAUAUAGGCUUAUGAUAAAUGAAGGAAUAAGCCAGUCAAUAUUGGUUAGUGGCGAAAGUGGUGCAGGUAAAACGGAAAGUACGAAAUUACUAAUGCGAUAUCUUGCUUACAUGGGCGGCCGAUCUGCGGUUGAAGGAAGGACAGUGGAACAGCAGGUUCUUGAGUCUAAUCCUGUUCUUGAGGCAUUUGGUAACGCAAAGACAGUGAGAAAUAAUAAUUCGAGUCGGUUCGGUAAGUUCGUUGAGAUUCAGUUUGAUCAAAGGGGUAAAAUCUCCGGAGCUGCCAUCAGAACUUACUUGCUGGAAAGAUCUCGUGUUUGUCAAUUAUCCGAUCCUGAGAGAAAUUACCAUUGUUUCUAUAUGCUUUGUGCUGCUCCUCAAGAGGAAAUUAAAAAAUACAAAUUGGGGAAUCCAAGAACGUUUCAUUAUUUAAACCAGUCAAAUUGUUACGAGCUUGACGGGGUUGAUGAUGCCAAAGAGUAUAAACUGACUAGGCAAGCAAUGGAUACAGUGGGAAUCAGUUCGGAGGAGCAGGAUGCAAUAUUUAGAGUGAUUGCUGCAAUCCUCCAUCUCGGGAACAUUGAAUUUGUGAAAGGGAAGGAAGCUGAUUCAUCUUUGCCGAAAGAUGAAAAGUCUUGGUUCCAUCUAAGAAUGGCGGCCGAACUUUUCAUGUGUGACGCAAAGGCUUUGGAGAAUUCCCUCUGCAAACGUGUAAUUGUGACCCGUGAUGAAACCAUCAUCAAAGAUUUGGAUCCAGAGGCUGCUGCUUCUAGUCGAGAUGCUUUGGCCAAAGUUGUCUACUCAAGGCUGUUCGACUGGCUUGUGGAGAAGAUCAAUAGCUCAAUUGGUCAGGAUCCUAAUUCGAAAUGCUUAAUUGGGGUUCUCGACAUCUAUGGAUUUGAGAGUUUCAAGACUAACAGUUUCGAACAAUUUUGCAUAAAUUUGACCAAUGAGAAGCUUCAGCAGCACUUUAAUCAGCAUGUGUUCAAAAUGGAGCAAGAGGAGUAUACGAAGGAAGAAAUCAACUGGAGUUACAUUGAGUUCAUCGACAAUCAAGACGUUUUAGAUCUCAUCGAAAAGAAGCCCGGAGGUGUUAUCGCACUUCUCGACGAAGCUUGCAUGUUUCCACGAUCGACUCAUGAAACAUUUGCUCAAAAGCUGUAUCAAACAUUCAAGAACAAUAAACGGUUCAGCAAGCCUAAAUUAUCACGCACCGACUUCACCAUUUGCCAUUAUGCUGGUGAUGUUACAUAUCAGACCGAGCUUUUUCUCGACAAAAACAAGGAUUAUGUCAUUGCUGAACAUCAAGCCCUGUUGAAUUCUUCUGAAUGUUCCUUUGUCUCGGGCCUAUUUCCAAUAUCUAGUGAAGAGUCUUCCAAGCAAUCAAAAUUCUCUUCUAUCGGAUCAAGGUUUAAGCUACAAUUGCAAUCACUGCUCGAGACUUUGAGCUCCACCGAACCUCUUUACAUCCGCUGCGUGAAGCCAAAUAAUCUUCUUAAGCCAGCUAUAUUCGAGAAUCAAAAUGUCCUCCAACAACUACGUUGUGGGGGAGUCAUGGAAGCAAUUAGGAUAAGCUGUGCUGGAUAUCCUACAAAAAGACCCUUCUUUGAAUUCGCUGACCGCUUUGGCAUCCUUGCUCCUGAAGUUUUAGAUGGAAGUACGGAUGAGAUCGCUGUUUGCAUGAAGCUUCUAGAGAAAGUGGGACUAGAAGGAUAUCAGAUUGGCAAAACAAAAGUGUUUCUGAGGGCAGGUCAGAUGGCUGAGCUGGACGCUCGGAGGACUGAGGUGUUAGGAAGAUCUGCAAGCAUUAUCCAGAGGAAAGUUCGAUCAUUUCUGGCACGAAAAAGCUUUACAGUAUUGCGCCGAUCGUCUAUUCUCAUUCAAUCAGUCUGCAGAGGAGAACUUGAUCGACGCGUUUAUGGAAGUAUGCGGAGAGAAGCUGCCUGUCUCCGAAUUCAGAGAGAUACACGAAUGUACCUUGCUCGAAAAGCUUACAAAGAACUUUACACUUCUGCUCUCUCGAUUCAGACAGGGAUGCGUGGGAUGGCUGCUCGUAUCGAGCUUCGAUUUAGGCAGCGAACAAAAGCAGCUACUUUGAUCCAGACUCAUUGCCGCGGAUUCUUGGCUCGUGUAGAAUAUACAAAGCUGAAGAAGGCUGCUCUCGUCACACAAUGUGCGUGGCGAUCGAGAGUCGCUCGUAAAGAACUGCGUAAAUUGAAGAUGGCUGCGAGAGAAACCGGUGCUUUACAAGCUGCCAAGAAUAAGCUAGAGAAGCAAGUUGAAGAAUUGACUUGGAGACUACAGCUGGAGAAACGAAUGCGGACCGACCUAGAAGAAGCCAAAACACAAGAGAACGCGAAAUUACAAAACGAUUUACAAAAGCUUCAGCUCAAGUUCGAAGAAACCAAAGACAUGUUACUGAAGGAAAAGGAGGCUGCAAAAAUAGCAGCCGAGCAAGUCCCUGUUAUACACGAGAUUCCUGUUGUUGAUCAUGAGCUGAUGGAUAAGCUCAGCUCCGAGAAUGAAAAACUCAAGGCCUUGGUUACGUCUCUGGAGACGAAAAUAGUCGAGACGGAGAAGAAAUAUGAAGAGACGAAUAAACUUAGCGAGGAACGGUUGAAGCAAGCCAUGGAAGCGGAAUCCAUGGUUGUGAAAUUGAAAACUAAUAUGCACUGGCUUGAAGAAAAAAUUUCGGACAUAGAGUCGGAAAACAAAGUGCUUCGACAGCAAACGUUGCUAACAACUUCAGGCAUACCAACCAAGGGAUUGGAAAAUGGGCAUGUUAUUAAAGAAUCAAUUCGAUCGAAUGAUGCUAUGCAGACUCCGGUAAAAGCUCAUGAAAUCCUCGAUGGAAAACCUAGGAAACCCCCGAUCGACCGCCAACAUGAGGACGUUGACGCUCUCAUGGAAUGCGUUAAAAAGGACGUCGGCUUCAGUCAAGGGAAACCCGUCGCAGCUUUCACGAUUUACAAAUGCCUUCUACACUGGAAAUCCUUCGAAGCUGAAAAGACCAGCGUAUUCGAUCGUCUUGUACAGAUGAUUGGUACAGCUAUUGAGGACGGAAACAGCAACAAUCACAUGGCUUACUGGCUGUCGAAUACGUCGACGCUUUUGUUCUUGCUUCAGAAAAGCCUGAAACCCGCCGGGUCAGCUACCGCAACUCCGGCCCGUAAACCGCAAGCGACAUCCCUCUUCGGCAGAAUGGCAAUGGGAUUUCGAUCGUCGCCGUCUUCCGGGAACCUUGCUGCCGCAGCUGCAGCUGCAGUGGAAGCCGUACCCCAAGUCGAAGCCAAAUACCCUGCUCUGCUUUUCAAGCAGCAGCUUGCGGCAUAUGUCGAGAAAAUAUACGGAAUCAUUCGAGACAACUUGAAAAAGGAUUUGGGAGCGUUGCUCGCUUUAUGUAUUCAGGCUCCAAGAACCACUAAGGGAAGCGUUCUAAGAUCGGGGCGAUCGUUCGGCAGAGAUGCUCCCACGAAUCAUUGGCAGGGAAUCAUCGAUUCUCUCAACUCGCUUCUCUGCACCCUCAAAGAAAAUUUCGUCCCUCCUGUUCUUGUUCAGAAGAUUUUCACCCAAACAUUUUCAUAUGUUAAUGUGCAGCUCUUCAAUAGUCUUCUGCUUCGUCGGGAGUGCUGUACAUUCAGCAACGGGGAGUACGUCAAAGCCGGGCUAGCUGAGCUCGAACUGUGGUGCUGCCAAGCAAAGGAAGAGUAUGCUGGCUCCGCGUGGGACGAGCUCAAACACAUUAGACAAGCAGUCGGAUUCAUGGUUAUACAUCAAAAGUACCGGAUAUCAUACGAUGAGAUCACCCACGAUUUAUGUCCCAUUCUGAGUGUCCAGCAGCUGUACAGAAUAUGCACUCUCUACUGGGACGAUAAAUACAACACACGAAGCGUAUCCCCCGAUGUUAUAUCGAGUAUGAGGGUGCUAAUGACAGAGGACUCCAAUAAUGCCAUCAGUAGCUCAUUUCUGCUCGACGACAAUUCUUGCAUUCCAUUCUCGAUAGAUGAACUUGCUGAAUCCAUCGACAGCAAGGAGUUCUCGGAUGUCAAGCCGGCCAUGGACCUUCUGGAGAACCCGGCAUUCCAGUUUUUACAUGGCUGAGCCGUCGGGCCGGGCUGGGCCGGUAUACUGUAAAUUCAUUACACACAUAUAUGGGUAUUUUGAUUUUUUGUUCAUUUGCUGUUCUCUUGAUAUAUAUAUAUAUAUAUAUAUAUAGACAUAGAUUUUUAGAUGCACAGUGAUAUAUACUUAGAUACAUAAAUACAUAGACAAUUUUUAAUUCUUUGUACAAUGUAAGUUUGAAGAUCUCUCAAUAUUAGGAGCAGAGAGAAAUCAGUCUAUGAGUUGGGCAUAUAUAUACGUACAUAUGUAUGUAUGUAUAUGCCUUUUGUUUUGUCUUGUAUUGUAUUGUAUUGUUUGUUUUUUGAAGGUGCGGUGCCAAAACGGCUGAGCAAUGUACAUUUCUACUUGUAUUUGUAUUUUUUUGGAUGUGUUCUUGAA